CUUGUCAGUACCAGCCAACGGACCCCUUCUUCAGCCUUAGCCUAUGGCUCGGCCACGAGCCAACUUUAUCAGGUGUGCAUCUCUAUAGCUGGCACCCGGACGAGCUCUAUUCCACAUCGCAUCUGCUGAUAGAAGCUUAUUUAUUCAACCAACAGGCGUCCAUGACUUGUGAGAUUCAACCAGUGGCAGACGGAAACGAAUUGCUGUGUGGUCCCCAAAACAUCAACCUAACCGACCAGUACCUUCUUAGUGUUUCCAUCUCCGGUAACCACUUGAGUCUGCAAUGUCUGUGGCUGGUUACCAGCCCUCCUGAGACAGUCAUCUUCGUCGAUGUAUUGAACAUAGAUUUGACGUACUAUAGGCAACACUUUGUCUUCGGCCGAGGCCACAACAGCGCCAAUGAAUCAACUGUACUUCAAAAGAUAGAUCAUUCCAACGCCUGGACUUUUCACGGAUCUUCUUUAUUCUUUACCGAGACCUACCUAUGGAUCAUGUUUACAUCUACCGUGUACAACGACGAAAACAACCCACCGACACAGAAUCUUCUUUUAAGGGCAGAGAACUACACUGGAGAAAUUCACUGCAACUCGGGCCAGGUAUUGUGCAAAGAAGAUUCCAAGUGUAUUCCGCGUCGCGCUGUCUGUGACGGGACGGUUCAUUGCACAAAUUACAUGGAUGAAGCCAUCGACUGUGACCGUUGCGGUACAUCAGAGAUUGAUUUACGCUUCGGUGAACCAAUAACAAUCAGAGGCGAGUUUGAGGUUGAUAGAACAUCUGACAUUGGGCAUAUCACUGGCCACUUUGCCAUAUACCCCGGCGAUUCCGAGGUCCUUCCAAACACUACUGACGUCCUCUUGACCAACUACACGGAGGGCGUACCGAGGCUGGAGUGCGUCUGGCGACUGACGGAGCCGGAGGGGACCCGGAUCCGGGUCACAGUGGCGGAGUUUGCCGACUCCCGCUCCGUCAUGAGGAUUGGGAACGGGCCGGAUCCCACUGCUCUACCGGUGCUCGUCAUCAGGUCAGCCUACGGAAUCCGCUUACCAUUCGAUGUUCUAUCCAUUGAUUCCGGAAUGUGGAUAACAUGGGAGAGGGAGUCCUAUUACUGGGACGAUAUCAAGCUAAGAAUGGUGUUUACAACAUACAACAUCACUGAAUGUCCAGAGAGUCAGUUUUCCUGUCCAUCUGGCCUAGACUGCCUGGAUAACAUCUCCCACGUUUGUGAUGGACACAGGGAGUGCGCUGCAUACGGUGAUGAGCUAGGUUGUGGAGAGUGUGGUCAACAGGAAUUUAGAUGUAGUACGAUGGACGUUUGUCUACCAAGGUACCACAUAUGCGAUGGUAAUGUAGACUGUGGGGACCAUUCUGACGAAUUGAUGUGUGGAUUUUGCGGAAACGAAACUGUCUACCUUACUCCAAAUGAAACUUAUACAGUACAUGCUGAGGAACAGAUCAUUACCUGCCUGUGGCUGUUCAUUGCCAAGUCAGGCUGGCGAAUUGAAGCGCAAAUUCAACGGCUGGACCCAAUAUGCAACGUGGAUGUUGGUGUAGGUUACGAUUCCACGCGUCCGGUCAGGCAUGAGGUCGUAAGAGAAGUGCGGACGAACAGGCAUUUUUCAUAUCCAAGAUCCAUCCCAACGAAUUAUUCCAUAAUGUGGAUUAAAGCAGAGUGUGGUUUUUCUCACUUCCGAUUGGCCAAAGAUAAGCUGCAGAUCGAUGUCCGGCAGUACAAAAAUGUUGAGUGCUCCUCGAGUGAACAAAUGUGCAUGUCCGGUCUUGGGUGCAUCCAGGAGGAGGAACGCUGCGAUGGGACAGCUGCUUGCCCAGGAUACUGGGACGAGAUUGGCUGUGGAAACUGCUCGACGAGUGAGUUUGCUUGUCGUUCCGCUAACAAGUGCGUCCCUAUUGGUUAUAUCUGUGACGGCAAAAAUGACUGCCCAGACUUGUCAGAUGAGCUAGAGUGCGAGCCUUGUGGUGGGUCGUUUUAUGAUUUAUCUAGCCGUGAGUUUGAGACACUGACCUCACCCGGUUGGCCAGAAAGUGAUUACCCUCCGUUGUUGCAGUGCCUUUGGAUACUGGUGGCAGAAGUGGGGUACAGAAUUGUGCUGUCGUUUGAGGAGUUUUUACUGGAGGAAUCGUACGACUUUCUCUAUUGUGGUGACGGUGACGACUUUAAAAGUGCCUUUCUGACCGUAACAGGGGAUCGUUUUCCACUACUGGUUGCUUCUACAUCGAAUGAAAUGUUCCUGAGGUUCACCUCUGACGGUUCCAUCCAAAAAAGUGGGUUUGAGCUUCAGGUUGAGCAGAAGCCUGCCGAAACAGUUUCUUGCAGAGAUGGUGAAAUCCCCUGCAAAGCGGAAAAUCUGAUUUGUGUGAGGAACGACAGCUCUGAGCAAGGUCUCCAAUUCUGCUCGAAGGAUGAAUGCGGUUAUAGAGUGAUAUACAUCUAUGGCACCAGUGUCGACCUUAGAUCUCCCGGUUAUCCAGACCAUUACCCGUCAGACAUCGCAUGUCGGUGGGAAGUGAGUUCUAAAGACGUGUUAGUGUCAAUAGUGGAGUUUGCAACCGAAGCCUCCAGGGACGUCCUCGUGUUCGAAGGCAGCACCCUUCACGGGGGAAAGGUUGUUUCAUUUGAGGUAGACGGGGACACCAAAAUACGGACAUUAGCGUUUAAUUCGUCAGUGCAGAUUAUCUUCACUACCGAUUCGACAGUCACAAAAUCUGGUUUCGUCUUGCGACUAUAUAAGUACUUUUCAGCAAACGAGAGCACAUCCUGCCCGAAGCCCACUUACUUUGACUGCGGUGAUGGCUCGUGUGUGUCACCUGACGCCAGAUGUGACGGGUUUAAAGAUUGUCAGACGCAUGGAUCAGACGAACUCGACUGCCAGGACAUUACGUGUCCAGAGUUCUACCACUGCCUGGACUCUCCUGAGUGUAUCCACUGGCCGUUAGUGUGCGACGGUAGCCCAGACUGUCCGAACGAAGACGACGAGACAGACAGUCAAUGCGCUCAGCGGUGCCCAAAUGGUUGUAGGUGUAAGGUGGAUGAUGACAGUGUUCAGGUCGCGUGCACGCACGGAUGGAACGAGCUGACCUUAGCUAACUUGGCCAAGAGGACAGAGCACCUAGAACUUUCAGAGGGAAACGCCACUUACUUAGCGAAGGGACUUUUUAAAGAAUUCAAAUACCUGAAAUCAUUGCUACUGAAGGACAACAACAUUUAUGCGCUCACACCCGGAACAUUUUACGGUCUGACGAACCUCACUUUCCUAGAUAUUUCCAACAACAGCAUCAGGCGCAUUAAUGGCAAUUCCUUCUCGGAACUGCAGAGCUUGGAGGUUAUGAUCGCAGCGGAUAUUCCCCUUGAAACGAUUGAGGAAAAUGCGUUUGAUGGACUGAAAAUGCUGGAAGUUAUGGUUCUGAUAAGAGGGAGCUCUUCCAACCAGUCAACUGUUGACAUCAAAGAUGACGCUCUGACAGACUUGGUGCGCUUGAACAAAUUGUUCGUUGACGAUUAUCGUUUGUGUUGUGAGUUUGUGUCGUCGGUUGACUUUGACGUGGCCAACUGUUUCACCACUGAGCUACAACCUCCCUUAAAUCUCUGCGGCAGCCUGAUGCGUAACAACCUCCUACGUGUCGCUAUGUGGAUUCUGGGUCUAAGUGCUCUCAUCGGCAACGCGGUGGUCAUCGUUUGGAGGUGUUACCAGGGUAAAGAAAUUGGCGGGAAAAAGACGCACUCUUUCUUCGUGCUCAACCUGGCGGUGUCAGACCUUAUGAUGGGCGUUUACAUGUUGAUGAUAGCUGUGGCCGACGUUCACUUUGGUGAGAAAUACUCUCGUGUGGCCCACGAGUGGCGGUCGAGCCCGAUCUGCAAGAUAGCUGGGGUGAUCUCGGUUCUAUCCAGUGAGGCCUCAGUGUUUUUUGUCACCCUGAUCAGCCUGGACAGCUUCUUCUCCAUUGUGUUCCCUUUCAGUCGGAUCCGAAUCCGGGAGAAAUCGGCCACUGUCACCGUCUGCGUCCUGUGGCUUGCCAGCGUGGGUCUCAGCAUCGGGCCCACUGUCUUUGUCGAGUCCGACUCCAAAGUCUACGGCCUUUCCGAUGUUUGUAUUGGCCUGCCUCUGCUGACAAAGCCAACAAGCUACGACUUUGAGGAGAGCGAUAUCGACAACCCGGUGGGGACCGACACAAUCAAGGUCCCAGUGGGCAAGGGGAAGCAACCAGCUUGGAUCUACUCAAUCAUCCUGUUUCUAGGGGUUAAUCUGCUGUGUUUCCUGGUCGUCUUGUGCUGCUACGUAGCCAUCUUUGUCAAGGUCAAACGCACGGUCUCCAGAGUGCGGCGAACGACCCACCGCGACCAGGAGAUAAAACUGGCCGUCAAGAUGGCGCUGAUAGUCGGAACAGACUUUGCCUGCUGGAUGCCGGUGAUCAUUAUGGGAAUCCUGUCCCAGACUGGGGCGGUGGAUAUCAGCCCGGAUAUGUACGCCUGGAUUGUGGUCUUCAUCCUACCCAUCAACUCGUCGCUCAACCCUUAUAUGUACACCUUCUACACCACCAUAGCAACUCGGCGUCACAACCAAAGAGCUCUUAGUGAGAAGACACGGUUUGCAACGGAAAUGAAGACCAAAUCCCUGGACACUAUUAAUUCCACAAUAUCUGACAAUAAAUCGUCAUAAAUGACAAUACUUGUCUUUUUAACGAUACUUCUAAUUAUCUUACAAUGCAUUAAAAACACCAACUGAAGUAGCAGCUGCCACAUUGAACUGAACGUCACGGGCUAGUACGCUAACUGUAAAAGAGUUGGGCGAAAUCAGCCCCCUCCCUCGUUUCUCCGAUUUCUCUCUUUUCUGAGAAAGCUGAGCUUUGACAAAUUUUUUAGAGUAUCUAUCUGUGGUAAUUUUGACAACAAUUUUGUGAAAAUCCAAUAUGCUUUUCUUGCCCAGAAAAGUGUGGCCGAAACAGGUUAGCCCGAAAUGCAUCCUUUUCCCUGCGAUGCCCCAUUCACGCGUGUAGCCCUGAGCCUCUAAUGACCGCAACAGGAAAGCCAUGUCUGAUUUAGUCCGUAAUUCAUAUCGGUAAUGAUAAAGGAUUGUCUUAGUAUGAAACAAACGUUCGAGCGUGACACAGGCCUAUUAUCCAUCCCACCCUCCUUGGCUGUGAGAUGGGCCAAAAGUGUGCGAUAGUCAAUGGAACUAGCCCCAGCAGUGACAAACGGGACGAUCUGGGAGAGGGCCUUUACUACUGGGCUGCAUCACACCCUCGCACGUGUGACAUUUGACAUGUCACAGAUUGAUGAGACAGGCAACCGGCGUAUGUAUCACCUGUCCAGGACCGUGGACAUUCUACAGUGUAAUUCGACAGCAAGAACUAGAAGCUACUAAAAGUCAUUCAAUGCUCGUGACAGGUGGUACGCGUGUUGUACGUGACUCUAGAGUCUCUUGGUUUGCUAGUGCAAGCACACCUUAAGCUGAAGAAUGUGCGCAUGAGUGCAGCACCAUAGUUAUGGCGUUUAAUCGAAUUAGUCUACAGUUUGAUCGUUUGAUGCCAGCGCCAUCGUCCAUCCAGCACGCAUGCAGAUACCCCUCAGUUUUGUGUACAUUGAAAUGAAAAUUAAUCAUGUGAAUAUUGCAGUUAGUGUGUCCCCCGUGCAGCACUCUAGUCAACGGUCACAAAGAAAAUAUUGAGUGAUGUCCAAAACAAUUUACUAGGGUUAAUCAUGCAUGUUUGAAUAAUCAGCUGUUACUUGUAUAGUGAUACCAAUCGUUUGAGUGACACCACGUGAGCAAUCCCUUUGAUAGCAGAUGAUUCGUAGAUUUGUCUUAAGGUCACGGUUGUUUUCAGAUUUUCGGGGCCUCAGAGAAGGAAUAUUUCCUAGAUAGUGCAACCACAAAAUGUAUAAUAUGACCAAUAGCUGUACUGAUUGAUUGUCUUGAAUCAUAUUACUGUCAUUUUUCAAAAAGUUGAAAUGCUAAUGACGAAUAUAAAUAAAACUAUAUCUUAUUAUCUUCA